GCUAAUGUCAUUUAAAUAAGCUUGAAAUCUUGAAACAAGCAAAGUAAAUUUUGUGCGUUGAUGUGUUGGAAGUUUUUUGAUUUUACACUUGAUUUUCUAUAAAGUAAUUCAGGGAGGUAAAAAUGACAACAUUUGACUCAAAAUACGAUAUGUUUCCCGCUGGAGAUGUGGGUGUGGUAGAAGGUGAAAUGAACAUUCCAUCUCAAGGAGGUCCUUCCGGGGAAAGUAUGGAAUUCAAUACCCUUGAUGAACCCAUCAAAGAAACAUUUAUGCGAGACUUAAGAGCUGUUGGCAACAAAUUCUUCCAUGUCUUAAUACCCAGAGAAAAGACCAGUUUACUGAAGGAUUGGGAUCUCUGGGGUCCAUUGUUGCUGUGCACCUUGAUGGCAACAAUCCUACAGGGCUCCACAGAGCGCGCUGACAACUCGAAUGAUGGAGGACCCGAGUUUGCUGAAGUAUUUGUGCUGGUCUGGAUUGGAGCAGCUGUGGUUACGGCCAACUCGAAGCUGUUAGGUGGUAACAUAUCAUUUUUCCAAUCCGUGUGCGUGCUGGGCUACUGCCUGUUCCCCAUCGCGCUGGCGCUGGUGGUGUGCCGCGUGCUGCUCUUCAUGACGCAGAACUCCUUCCUCUUUUUCUUGAGGCUCGUCAUUUCUAUGACCGGAUUCAUUUGGGCAACAUUCGCCGCGACAAAGUUUCUGGGCGACAGUCAGCCCGAAGGCAAGAAGGCUCUAGCAGUGUACCCAAUAUGCCUGUUUUACUUCAUACUGUCGUGGCUUGUUGUGUCCCACAGUAACGUUUAAAUUUUAGUACUUAUUGAAUAUAUUUGUAUUUAUUAUUGUGAUACGGACAUUUUUUUAGAAUAAUUUGUGAAUAAAUGUGUUUUCUUUUUAAGAUUAAGGAAUUUAUUGUAUUCAUUCGGUGACAACUUUGGAUUUUAUUUAUUGAAGCCACGUUUCGUGACAAGCACAAGUUAUCACAGAAGCCAAAACAAUAACUUCUACACUAUGUACUUUCGUGAUUUUUAAAUGACAUUCCAUUUACGAGUUGUUACUCCAAAAUUACUUACCACAUAACUUUUGUACAUAAUAUUAAAUUAAAAUACUAUUUACUGUC